AAAGGCCAUCGGCUCAUCCGGGCUGCAGCGGGGCGAGCGACGAGCACAGUUCCCUCCCCUCCCGCUUUUCUCGGUGUGGCGCCGGCUAGUGACGUGUUGGGUGUGAUGGCCGCCGCGAGGCCGGGAAGGUGAAGUUUGGACAGGUGGAGUCAACAGCAUCAGUAGCCAACCUGGACCUGAAUCAGCACAGAGGAGACCUCAGAUUCUUUUCAUCUUUUUUGACUCCAUCCAUGUCCACGAUGCCCAACCUGUGAAGGUCUCUUACAAGCUAGAAACGAGAUGUCCCUGCUCUUUUCUCGAUGCAACUCCAUUGUCACUGUCAAGAAGGAUAAACGACACAUGGCUGAGGUGAAUGCUUCUCCUCUCAAGCACUUUGUCACUGCCAAGAAAAAGAUCAAUGGCAUCUUUGAGCAGCUGGGGGCCUACAUCCAAGAGAGUGCCAGCUUCCUUGAAGACACCCACAGGAAUACAGAACUGGACCCGGUUACCACGGAAGAGCAGGUCCUGGAUGUCAAAGGGUACCUGUCCAAGGUCAGGGGGAUCAGCGAGGUGCUGGCCAGGCGGCACAUGAAGGUGGCUUUUUUUGGCCGGACGAGCAAUGGGAAGAGCACCGUGAUCAAUGCCAUGCUCUGGGACAAAGUCCUGCCGUCUGGGAUUGGCCACACCACCAACUGCUUCCUUCGGGUUGGGGGCACAGAUGGCCAUGAGGCCUUCCUCCUCACAGAAGGUUCAGAAGAGAAGAAGAGUGUCAAGACCGUGAACCAGCUGGCCCAUGCUCUCCAUCAGGACGAGCAGCUGCAUGCAGGCAGCCUGGUGAGUGUGAUGUGGCCCAACUCCAAGUGUCCGCUUCUAAAGGAUGACCUCGUGCUGAUGGACAGCCCUGGGAUCGAUGUCACCACGGAACUGGACAGCUGGAUUGAUAAGUUUUGCCUGGAUGCUGACGUGUUUGUGCUGGUGGCCAACUCCGAGUCCACGCUGAUGCAGACGGAGAAGCAGUUCUUCCACAAAGUGAGCGAGCGUCUCUCCCGGCCCAACAUCUUCAUCCUGAACAACCGCUGGGAUGCAUCUGCCUCAGAGCCUGAGUACAUGGAGGAGGUACGGCGGCAACACAUGGAACGCUGCACCAGCUUUCUGGUGGAUGAGCUGGGCGUGGUGGAUCGAGCUCAGGCUGGGGACCGGAUCUUCUUCGUGUCUGCCAAGGAGGUGCUCAGUGCCAGGGUCCAGAAAGCCCAGGGCAUGCCAGAAGGAGGGGGCGCUCUGGCAGAAGGUUUUCAAGUGAGGAUGUUUGAGUUUCAGAACUUCGAGAGGAGAUUUGAGGAAUGCAUUUCCCAGUCUGCAGUAAAGACCAAGUUUGAGCAGCACACAGUCCGGGCCAAGCAGAUUGCAGAGGCCGUUCGUCUCAUCAUGGAUUCCCUACACAUUGCAGCUCAGGAGCAGCGGGUUUACUGUCUUGAGAUGCGGGAAGAGCGGCAAGAGCGGCUGAGGUUCAUUGACAAGCAGCUGGAGCUCCUGGCUCAAGACUAUAAGCUGCGCAUUAAGCAGAUUACAGAGGAAGUGGAAAGGCAGGUGUCCACCGCCAUGGCUGAGGAGAUCAGGCGCCUCUCUGUGCUGGUUGAUGAGUACCAGAUGGACUUCCACCCAUCCCCAGUUGUCCUCAAGGUUUAUAAGAAUGAACUGCAUCGUCAUAUAGAGGAAGGCCUGGGCCGGAACAUGUCUGACCGCUGCUCCACUGUCAUUGCCAGUUCACUACAGACUAUGCAGCAGGACAUGAUAGAUGGCUUGAAGCCCCUUCUUCCUGUGUCUGUGCGGAAUCAGAUAGACAUGCUGGUCCCUCGACAGUGUUUCUCCCUCAGCUAUGACCUGAAUUGUGACAAGCUGUGUGCUGACUUUCAGGAGGACAUUGAGUUCCACUUCUCCCUUGGAUGGACUAUGCUAGUGAACAGGUUCCUGGGCCCCAAGAAUAGCCGCCGGGCCUUGCUGGGCUACAGUGAUCAGGUUCAGCGUCCUCUCCCUCUGACACCUGCCAACCCCAGCAUGCCCCCCUUGCCACAGGGAUCCCUCACCCAGGAGGAGCUCAUGGUCUCCAUGGUUACGGGCCUGGCCUCUCUGACAUCCAGAACCUCCAUGGGCAUUCUCGUGGUUGGAGGAGUGGUGUGGAAGGCAGUGGGCUGGAGACUCAUUGCCCUCUCCUUUGGACUGUAUGGCCUCCUGUACGUCUACGAGCGGCUGACCUGGACCACCAAAGCCAAAGAGAGGGCUUUCAAGCGCCAGUUUGUGGAAUACGCCAGUGAAAAGCUACAGCUCAUUAUCAGUUAUACUGGCUCAAACUGCAGCCACCAAGUCCAGCAGGAAUUGUCUGGGACGUUUGCUCAUCUAUGCCAGCAAGUUGAUAUCACCCGAGAUAAUCUGGAGCAGGAAAUUGCCGCCAUGAACAAGAAAGUCGAGGCUCUGGAUUCACUUCAGAGCAAAGCCAAAUUACUCAGGAAUAAAGCUGGCUGGUUGGACAGCGAACUCAACAUGUUCACACACCAGUACCUGCAGCCCAGCAGAUAGUGGGCAGCCAGGGCGGACCUGCACUGAGAAGAGGCAGGGCCGCACCUCCCAUCAGCUCUAGUCCUUGGCUGCUGCAGAGAGAAGGAAAGCACCCACUGUCUUGUACCAGUUACUCCCUACCCCCUGCAGGAGGACCCCUGGCUCACACCCUAAUGGAGACCAACAAGGACUGGCCAGCUCAGCCGCAAGGAGUCAUGCAUGUGUCUGUGUCUGCUCAUCACGCUCACUCGGUGGAAGUCACUGUGCAUUUGAUAAGGUCUUCCUCAGGAUGGCACCCUGCAGAAUGACUGAUGGGAGCCUUCAUAGGCAUCAGACAGGCACUCCUGCUUCCUCCAGCCAGAGCACACCUACAGAGAGAGACAAUGUUGGGGGUGACUGGACUCUCCUGAAAAAUUCAGGAUACUUCUGGAAUUGUCAAGUUUGUCUCAGAAGAACCUGUAUCUUGCAUUUGGCCCUCAGCUUUAGCACUUUUUCGCACUUGCAGAGUCUUUCAGUUGUGCUUGGUGACCAGGCUCUACACACCCUGGGCUUUAGACUCAACCAGCUUGUAUGAGAAGCUGGAGACCCCUGCCAGCCAGAGCAAAGUAAGAGCUCGGGAGAAAGUAUGUGAACUAGGGUGUCUGGUAUGGUGUGCUGUUGGUGACGACAUUGUGAUGACAAGGGACUUGCCUCCUUUCUUGCCAUUGAGGCCCGUGCUCGCUCUUCAGCUCUCGGCCUGUUAGUCCUGGUUUGUUAGCGAGAGCUAGUUUGCUCUCUCAGGUGGUUAAAGGAUGUAGCAGGAGGAAUGGUGGAAGAUGGGGGCUUCCCUGGUUAGUACAGAAGAGGUCUCUCUAUCUGACCUAGCACUGAGGGGCUCACAAACUUCUGUGAGGCACACCUCGCUAAUUUUAGCUCAUCCCUGCCUUGCUGCAAGUUCCCUGUAGCCACCAUUCUCUGGCUGUACCGUGAUGAUGACUGCAGCUGGCUACAAACAGCACGAGAACCUGGCAGCUGUUGUCCUACUGCCCCGACCCUCAGGCCUCCUCCUCUUCUGCUCCUGAAGCCUCCCGCUGCUUGCUUCGCCUCACGUCAGCGCUGACCUCACUGUUGAGUGUUGAAAUUGUUAGUGGUCAGAGCAGGGAGAAUUCCAGUCACCAAGGUUGGUUGUCUUGGAAAAGCAGUUUUAGAGUGAUGAAUCCUUUAUAGGACAGGUAGAGAGUGUCUUAGAGAUAAACCAUUGGUCUCCAGCCCUUCCCAGAAGCCCACAACCAGGAGCUGUCUGUGGGAUGCUGUCCUGCUGGUUGGGUGCCUCAAGGGCCAUGUCCUCUCCUGCCCGUGUCUGAGUGCUCUCUUGCCCCUCGGUGUACCCUUUGUGCUGGGACAGUGAUGGUCUUGGCCAAGGUCAGCAUGUAAUGGAAAGACAUAGUGUAUUGCCAGGCUGGAUAGAUGGGGUCAUCUCACAAUGGGUCAGGACAAAUCAGUGCCACGUAAUCCCAGUCAAUGGUAUGUUCCUUUUUGGGGGAGGGGGGUAGAAUAAACUCAAUUUCUCUUUCAGUGUAGCCCUUGAGUAAUGAAUGAAGUUUUGAGCUUAUAUAAGUAAAGAUUCAUUUAUUCCACCAGGGAGAGCCUGUAUCUGAGAGUCGUUUAGCAGAGAGCACUUUAGUUUCUUGCUGCUAACUGUUGUGUGAUCCUUUGCUGGGGUGCAAAAGGCACCAAACAGUGUGUUUGCUUCUGGUAUAUUUAGGUGAUGCAUCUGCCUGGGUUACCUGUAUCUCUACUGAUCAUAUUGGAAACAAAAAUAAAGCCCCAGUUGUGACCCUGUGUGAA